GAUCUCCCAAUAACCUUAUUGCUCUACUAAAAAUAUAUAUAAUAAUCUCUGAUUUUGGGACAGAAAUAAUUUAAAUGUUUUAAAUAGCUUUCAAUAAAGAAUAACUAAUAUAGUAUCCAAUUAAUUAGUCUCCUGUCAGCAUGUCUACACGAUGGUACCCUCUUUAUCAAAGAGGCAAUCCACAGCUGAGAGUAUUCUUACCAAAUUUCUGGUUGAAAUUAAUAAGACCUGUUCAUGAACAACCACCAAAUGUUGUGCAAUUCGCCUGUUCCAUGCAAAUGACAAAAUACGAUAUAAAAAACUAUUUAGAAAAAAUAUACAAUGUUCCAAUCAUAGAUGUGAGAACAAGAAUUCAAUUAGGUAAAACUAAACGAGAUUUGAAAGGAUAUAUUGUAAAAGAAGAAGAUACUAAAUUAGCUUAUGUUACAUUGCCUAAAGAAGAAGUAUUUGAAUUUCCUAAUAUUUUCAAAAAAGAUGAAGAGAGUCAGUAUCAAGAAGAUAUGAAAAGUAUGAAUGAAUCAAAGAAACUUUAUAAAAAUUACCUUGAAAGAAAUAAAAAUUCACCCGGUACACCAGGAUGGUUUUCGUUUUAGUAUCAAUGUAAAAACAAGCAAGGAAUGGUAGAAAUAAAAAAUUAGAAUGAUUGAGAAUGCUACUUAC